CAAAACACAGGAGCGCUUACCGAUCGGACAUGCGACAGCACACAGUCCUACUACAGACACGGGCAGCAGAGUUGGAGGAAAGCUGGACAUGCAUGUAGCACCAAUUUGAUGAAACUUGACACAUGCCCACUGUGUGUUAGCCUAUACACGUAUGAUAGGGCGACCGCCGUUGUACACUCCAACAAUUUUAGACAUGCAGAUUAGAGAGAGAUAGCUGCAGCGAUGGCCAUUAUAACCGACGAAGAAGAAGCAGAGCCCCUCAUCAAGGAGACAGGUGACGGUAGCCGCUACUCCCACUCAACAAAUCACACUCAUGGAAAUAGUCUGAGUGCAUCACAUGCCUCAAACUGUCAGAGCCCCAUCAAUGAUGAUGAAGGCGAUGCUAAGAAGAUAGACAUUCCAGAGACAUAUGGGACCCGGUUCAGCUUUCGUAAGUUGUGGGCUUUCACGGGUCCAGGGUUCCUAAUGAGUAUAGCUUACCUGGAUCCAGGCAACAUAGAAUCUGAUCUCCAGACAGGCGCCAUAGCCAAAUAUAAGCUUCUUUGGGUGUUGAUGUGGUCCACAGUACUUGGCCUUGUGCUCCAGCUGUUGGCAGCUAGACUCGGAAAUGCUACUGGUUUCCACAUGGCCGAGCUGUGCCACCGGGAGUACCCAAAGUGUCCCCGUAUUCUACUCUGGCUGAUGAUGGAGAUCGCAAUCAUCGGUUCAGACAUUCAGGAGGUUAUUGGUUCAGCAAUUGCUAUCAAUCUACUCUCCAAUAACUUAAUUCCUAUUUGGGCUGGAUGUCUCAUCACUGGUGUAGAUACGUUUACCUUCCUUCUGUUGGAAAAUGCUGGUUUAAGAAAAUUAGAAGCUUUCUUUGGGGCUCUACUUCUAACAAUGGGAGGAUCAUUUUUAUAUAUGUACAUCACAGUCCAACCAGACCCGAUUGCAAUUCUUGAAGGCAUUGCCAUCCCGUGGUGUUCCAAUUGUAGUCUAGAAGCAGGCCAGCAAGCUGUGGGUAUCGUAGGAGCUGUCAUUAUGCCCCAUAACAUCUACCUUCACUCAGCUCUAGUACUGUCCCGUAAAGUGCUCCAUGAGAGAAAGGAUAAAGUGAAGGAAGCUAACAUGUACUACUCCAUUGAAUCUGCCAUUGCGUUGUUUAUUUCUUUCCUCAUCAACCUGUUUGUGGUGGCUGUGUUUGCCGAAGCUUUUUACCAAAAAGAAAAUCCCAGCCUUCAGAAUGCUGGUCCUUGGAUAAAACGCAGAUAUGGUGAAGGGCUUACAAUUGUUUGGGGUAUCGGCUUGCUAGCUGCAGGUCAAAGUUCAACCAUGACGGGAACCUAUGCUGGGCAGUUUGUUAUGGAGGGGUUUCUGAAGAUUCGAUGGCCGAAAUGGCGUCGGGUUCUUAUAACACGGUCCAUCGCCAUCGUGCCAACCCUUUUGGUCGUGUUACUGGCAACCAAUAAUCUGGACACACUGGAUACUUUCCUGAACGUUCUACAGAGUAUCCAACUGCCGUUUGCACUUCUACCGGUGCUGCACUUUACUAGCAGCCAACGAAUCAUGGGAGAUUUUAAAAACGGAAGAAUCACAAAGUUUAUCGUGUGGAGUCUCGGCUUAGUGGUGAUGAGCAUCAAUUUCUACCUUGUUUUUGCUGAGAUUAAUCAGAAGCCAGCCUGGGUUUAUGUCAUCGUCAGUCUAGUUGGAGCCAUAUACGCCAUCUUUGUUGCUUACUUGGCAAUCGGGCUGAAAAACAUCUUCAGAUUAAAGUACUGGUUCCUGUGCAAGAUUGGCAAGUCACCUGAGCUAGAUGUUUUUGAUUGGUUAAGUGAGCGGCCUGCUUAUGUACAGUCACCUUCCUACAGCCAGUCCUGUGCCUCUACAGUAGAAGCUUCCAAGGAUUCAGGUAGUGAAGGUGUUAUAUAGCGCCCUCAAACUUCACAAGAUGAACAGGAUGCGGUUGCAGCCCUGAAUGAGUUCUCACUGCUGGAUUAGUAUGAAGGUUCACAUCCCUUUGGGGAUUUUUCUCUCUUUUUGUGGGGGGGGGGAG